AUGAUAGAAUUGAAGUAGAAAAUAGGAGAUGGCUUUUCAAGCAAUCUAUAUUUAUGUGAUUAUGAAGGCAAAUAGUGCGUAAUAAAGAUUUACAAACUAAAGUUUUCAGAUAAAUUGAGACAGAAGGAAAUUUAAAUAUUAAAAAGUCUAGAUCAUCCAAUCAUCUUAAAGAUUAUUAAUCAUGAUCCUCAUUACGACUAUUUUAUCUGUCAAUAAUUGAAGAUUGAUUUAUUGACGAUCAUCAAGAAUGGAGUUCAAUUAGAAAUCGGAUCAGUGAAGCAAAUUCUAUUAGAGUUAUGUGAAACUAUCUAAUAUCUACACAAACUUAAUCAUGUUCAUUGA